AGCUCACGAGCACGAACAAGCUGGUCCCAGGUAGAGCAGGAGCACGUAAGCGUGCAUACGGAAGCGUCAAGCUUCACACCUCAGCAGCAGGUUCCGAAGCCAGGUUCCGCAACCGAUAGCUGCACCUCAGGCGAUUCCUAUUCUACAGCCGCAGCUGGCGGCCAACAUGCUCAACCUCCUCCAGCACAUGGCGGGGGCGUACGUACCACCGCCGCCGCCACUGCCUCCAGUGGUUGUGGUCACUAUUGAGAAGCUGAAGAAGAACGGAGCAGAGGAGUUACGUGGCGAUCAGAUCACCGAUCCCAUGGUGGUUAAGCGCUGGCUCGAGCGCAUAGGUCAAAUUAUUGGAACGUUACAGGUUCCAAUGGAGCAGCGGGGUGAUCUAGCCAUCGCCCUACUCCAAGAUGUCGCCUACGACUGGUGGAAAUGCGCGAGAGCGAACGUCCCAGAGCCCGUUCCGUGGGCGACUUUUGAUGAGAUUUUCCGCAAGGAGUACGUGCCCGAGCACUUUAUGAGAAAGAAGCAAGACGAGUUCAUAACGUUCACCCAGGGUGAACUUACGCUUCCCGAGUGUCAGCAGAAGUUUGAUGAGGUAGCCGAGUUUGGCCGAGACCUGGUACCAACAAUGAAGAAUCGGUGCACGUGCUUCAUGGAGGGACUAUGCCCUGACCUGUCUCCUGGGUUGGUCUUUGCGCCCAAGCACGACAUCAACGCCAUGUAUAAGCAGGCGUUGGAGCUUAAUGCAGCCCUACUCAAGAAGGACGAAUAUGAGCAGGCCCAGACGACACUUCCUCGUCCACCUCCACCACCUAGGCCCAGUCUGAGCAGCAAGAGGCUUCUCUCCGUUCCGAGCAGCUCGCACACGAGUAAGAAGGCCAAGUCGACACCUACCUCGUCACCAGCACCCACACAGGAGAGUGGGAAGAGCCAGAGCCAGGGUGGAUACCGGUACUCGAUCUGCACCCUCUACGGUCGAAGGGAUUGCCUGACGAACCUUGGCGAGGCAUUUUUGACAGCACCUGUAGCAGCAGCUCCAACCGCCCAGCCCGCUCCGAGCCAAAAGUCGGUAGCAGCGUCCAGCCAGCCUAAAAGGCUAGCGCAGAGCGCUCAGUCUAGGGAGGCAUCAGCUCGCACAUAUGCAAUGCAUGGACGCAUUGAGCAGCCCGCUCAUGACAUGAUUAUGAAUUACCACUCAGCUUAUGCUGAGCGUCUAGCGUUGUUUUUGCUAUACGCAGGUAGGAGAGAUGAUCAUGGAGCCCGACCCGGAUGAUUGAGAGAUUGGGGUGGUGGAUAGACGACAGUGUGGACCUGACUUAUUUUCCUUUUAAUAUUAUGAACUGCUUUGGGCUUGAACCCACCGUUGUUGCACUUUCUUGUUUAAGACUUAACAUUAUUUCCUUUUAUUGCUUCCGCAACGAAACGUCUCUUAAAAGGCAAUUAAAUUCCCAAUGGUUUU